AUGGAGGGCCUUCGAAGUUUAGUUCAAAAAUGGGAAUGGAAAAAUAGAAACGAAGCAAAUGGAACAUUCACACAAGUAACAAUAGAUGUUGAAACUGUGCUUAGAGAAAAUUUUGUUCGAGCCAUUACAUUUCAGGUCUUUCCAGUCAACACCAUACUGUACCAAGUUGUGGUAGAAGACAAAGGAAAUUUCCUGGUAAACCUAAUUGAGAAAACAUGUGAGUGCAACAGGUUCCAACAAGAUGAAAUACCAUGUGCACAUGCAAUAGCGAUAUUUGCAAAAACACAACUGAAAACAUAUGAUUAUGUUGCUGAUUACUACAAAACUACAACUAUGAAAGCAACAUAUGAGUCAGCUGUUCAUCCCCUGCCAAAUGAAAGUGAAUGGAAACUACUAGAGACUUUAGACAAAAUUUCCCUACCACCAAAAACAAGAAAACCACCAGGUUGA